AUGUCUUCCCAAACGAAAAAACAGCCCAGCAAGGCUCGAGUCCGCAAAUCAAGAAGCACAACGACCAAACAGCUAAAGCCCAAGAGCACAGCGCCAUCAUCAUGUCUAUUCUGUCUCCGAAACCGCAGAAGAUGUGUACGAGUAAACGGACAAGCACAGUGCUCUGAAUGCACGGCUUUAUGCCAGACUUGCCACUGGCCGAAUGCGCAACAGAACCUUCAUCAACUAUUGCACGAGAAACAACAACUAUAUCUUCAACGGCGGUCGCUAUCAAAAAGCCUACUAGAAGGCGUCAGAGACAUGGAGUUCUGCUCAUCGACGAUAGAAACACAACGAACUUUGAAGAGGUUACUGGACGAUAUGGUUAAUGUGGAACAAAGGGCAUUCCAGCUUGAGUCGGAGGAGUCAAGACUUUGGGGGCUGAGGCUCAGGGCCCAAGACAGCGAUGAUAUAGAUUCGGAGGACUCGUGUUCAAGUGGGAUUCUGUCUGAGCCAUCUCAGAGUCUGGAUUAUAACUUUGCUUUUCCAUGGUUAGAUUAA